AUGGACUCCCGCCAGCGGCACCCGCAGCGAAGGAAGAGGCUCAAGCGGCCCCUCGACUCCAUCAUCAUCCACUUUGACUAUGACGCCUUCUACGCCAGCGUCAUCGAGGCUGAAACGCCCUCGCUGCGAACGCGGCCGCUGGCGAUACAGCAGAAACAAAUCGUCGUCACUUGCAACUACGAGGCACGCCGGAGAGGCUUGUACAAACUGCAGCUCAUCAAAGAAGCAAAGAAAUUGUGUCCAGACGUCGUCAUCGUGCUCGGCGAGGACCUGACGCAGUUUCGCAACGCCUCAAAGGAGCUCUAUGCCUUUCUUCGGUCCUUUUCGUGGAAUUCCCGUUGCGAGAGGUUGGGCUUCGACGAGGUUUGGAUGGACGUGACCGAUAUGGUAAAUUAUAAUCUGGAACUCUUGAACCCGACGGAUUUGACGUCUUCCUUUUUCUGUCUCUCCAAAUCCGACCCAUCGAUCGGUUUUACUUUCGAUGCCUCAAAGGUGGCUGGCCAGACAUAUCCGGUACAAGUGGAUACCUCACCAGAUGGCCCGUCAAAUUUAUUGCGCAUGCGUCUUAUACUUGGCAGUCAUCUUGCCCAUUAUCUCCGUGAACGACUUGCGUCAGAGAAAGAUCACACCUGCACCGCCGGCAUCUCGACAAACAAGCUUCUUUCAAAGCUAGUGGGAAACGUACAUAAGCCUAAUGAUCAGACUACUCUGUUUCCGCCCUACAACUCUGAAGACGGUCAGGAUAACGUCACCUCGUUUAUAGAUAGCCACGAAGUCGGGAAGAUCCCUGGCAUUGGCUUCAAAACCGCAUUGAAUUUGCGCGCGCUUGUGCUGCAGAGACCAGCAAAGUUUGAUCAAGGUUUAGUUUACGGUGGCACCAAAGAGAAGGUGCUCGUUGGUGACGUGAGAAAGGUCCCUGAUAUUGGACCAGAAGCGCUUGAGCAGAUUCUCGGAGGCACGGGCGCACCACAUGGUAUCGGCGCUAAAGUAUACGGCUUACUCUUUGGAAUUGAUGACAGUGAAGUUGGACAGGCCCGUGACGUGCCUACUCAGAUCAGCCUGGAAGACAGCUACAUCCGCCUCGAUACUAUUUCUGAAGUAAAGAAAGAGCUGCUACUGCUGUCAAAGAGCCUGCUGCGGCGGAUGCAUGCUGACCUCUUAGAGGAAGACGAAGAUGCACUUGCUUCGGCCAGGACGAUUACUGACUCUGCAGAACCGACGGAAACUCCUACGAAGCGCUGGAUGGCCUUUCCAAAGACACUGCGGCUUACGACUAGGCCACGUCCUCCAAAGAACCCAGACGGCAGUCACAACCGCUCGUUUGCCCGUAUAUCUCGUUCAGGACCAAUGCCUAACUUCGUCUUCACCUUGAAGGACGACGUCGAUACAAUAGCCGAGCGCUUAGUUGCAGAGGCCCUCUUACCGCUGUUUCGGAGACUGCACCCAGAAAGGAGCGGUUGGAACCUUAGCUUGGUCAAUGUUGCAGCAACAAAUAUGGUAGACGCAGCAAGUGAAAAGGGAGGCGUGGGGCGCGACAUCAGCAAAAUGUUCAAGCGUCAAGACCAAGUAUUGAAAGGCUUCAAGGUCACGGAUUCGGAUGAUGUCGUUCCGGUUAUGUCAAGAGCAGCGUAUGAGGUGAUGAACACCGCAGUCUAUAGUGACCAGACCGGAGUCGUCGAUACGAAUGUACACGACCUGAAGAAUGCUAGAGGGGGCUCGGAAGACCUCCCUACUCCAUCCCAAGAGGCCACCAUUGCCACGCAAGAUCACUGGGAGUCAGAAGACGAAGAAAUGCUAGACGAGGAUAGGUACGCUUGCGACGAGUGUGGCGCGGUGAUGCCCCUCUUUGCCAUGGGCGCGCAUGCGCGAUGGCACUCCGAUUCAUAGUCUUCCAGCCAUUGCAGUAUCGAUUCGAUAAAAGAUAUUAGGAUACCCACUCCACUCCACUCCGCUCCGGGGUCGAUGCCUCUACAAUUUAGAUUUUACAGAUGCAUGCUAGCCAGCUUUACUAUCGAUAGUGUAAGGGACGCC